CCAGACCAGGCUUAGUUGUGCUCCAGCAGAAGGAAAAAAAAGAACAUGAACCUCACUUUGUCACUUUGCUGCUUUAAUCUGCUUUUAGUGCUUGAUUAUGUUAGAGGAAAACCUAUUUCUGAUUUACGGAGUUUGAAGCAGAUUUUGGAAGAGAUUGACGACAUGCCUCAUCGCUCUUCAGAGGAGAUGCAAGACAGCGGCGGCAAUGCAGAGAAGUCAAAGCAUGACGCUUCAGAGGGGCAUCCGUGGGACUCCUCCGACCCCAGCAACUCGGCACUGGAGGCUAAAGCAGAUGUCCUUGCCCUUCUCUUCAAAGACCUCUUCCGGACCUCCAAGCGUUCCUGGGGCCGCUUCAAAAAAGGCAGGCUGAGGAGCUGCUUCGGCGUCCGCUUGGAUCGGAUCGGGUCUUUCAGCGGAUUGGGAUGUUGAGGGUGUAUCUGACAACGGUCCAUCAAAGUAUUAAACGCCACUUCACACACCGUUGUACAUUUUCAUAAAAUUGCUGUGAAAGGAAGCUAUUUGUUAUUUAUUAUUUUGCUAUGUAAAAGAACUGUUGCCGUCUAUUAUAUUGGA